AUGGCUUCUGAAGGUCCGGGCUUGAUUGUCAACGGCGGACAAACGUCCAAAUCCCCUGCCGCCUUGCUCUCUGAGCAACACGAGAAACACACUGUCACGGUGGAGGACGCUGUGGACGAAGAAGAUAUUCAGCACCCUCCUCCAUCCUCUACAGCCAAGCCAUCUGCCGAGUCGUCCGAGGCCGCUGCUCCCCCAGUCUCGAAGCCCACAAAAGCGCCAGCACUGGAUGUUCAAUCCGAAGAGCUGUUUCCAGCUUUAGGUAGUGGUCCCAAGUCCAAGGCUGCGGCGAACGUUCCUUCAGCUUGGGGCGCCAAACGGCCCGCCGCUGCUGCUCCCCAAAACGGAGCAUCUGGUAUCAGCCAGCCAUCUGCUACCCCGGAUUUCUCGAAUGCGCCAAGAAUCAUGACCCUGCCAGGAAAGCACGUGGAACAACUGCGUCUUGCUCCAUCCCAGAUGCUUCCGCGGAAUCAGCUCAAGAAGCCAGUCAGAGACAUCUUGCGAGACAUUUCGAAACGAUCAAAGGCCACGGUCGAUUUGCGAGCAGGACCCAACGGUUCAGUCAUCUUUGAAGGAAAAGGCUCUGUCGACGCUGUUCGUCAAGCCCUCAAGGAAGUUGCUCAGCAAGUGGGAUCGAAGCAAUCCGUUCGUGUGCCGAUACCUGCAUCCGCAAGAGCUCAUAUCAUUGGUCGUGGAGGAGCCGUAGUACAAGAUAUUCAGCAGCGAACUGGCGCUCGUGUCCAGGUACCCAAGGCCGAGGAAUCCGCCCCCGGUGACGAAGAUGAUGACAGCGUCACUAUUGAUGUGUUCAUCGAAGGUGAUGCUGUAGCAGCCGAGAUGGCCCGCCGCGAAAUCGAGUCGAUCGUGAAAGAACGUGCUUCAAACAUCAACCUUCGAUUGAAAUCGAUUCCGCCAGAAUUCUUCCCGUUCAUUGCUGGCGCCCACAACGCUCAUGUCGGCGACAUUGAGGAACGCACCAAAGCACAGAUCCGAGUCCCACGUUAUGACACAUGGUCCAACCAGCCACCACCACAAGAGGCUGCACCAGGUCAGAUCCGCUUUGUCGCAGACCCAGAGCGUCAAAUCCAUAUUUCUGGAGAGCGCAACGCUGCUCAGGAAGCGCGCGCUGAGAUUGAACGCCGUGCAGCUGAAUUGCAACGCCAACUCACCCUGCGUCAAUUGGCCAUCAAUCGCGGCCAGCAUCAGUUCAUUCUUGGAGAUAGCAACACUGCCCUCCACGACUUCCUCGCGGAAACGGGCUGCGCGAUUAUCUUGCCUCCUGCCUCUGAUGACAGUGAAUUCUUGACGAUCACCGGACCUGUUGACCAGAUUGAAGCUGGUAUCAAUCGCGCAAUGGAAUUGGCGACAAGCAUGCAGAUGGCCAGUAUCGAUCUGUCCCGCCAACACUCCGCCGCUCAUGCCAGAGCACUUACCGCUUAUUUGCAGCAACGUCAAAUCAUCAAAGAACUCGAACGCGCGUAUGAUGCACGCAUUGUUUUGCCGCAAGCCGUCGAUGGACCUGUCACCUGGGAAGUGUACUCUCGGGACGGAAAGAACACUAUUCGCGCUCGUUCCGACAUUAUGAACCUUGUCCAGGCUCACCCACCUGCCAAGAUUCGCUCCGUACCCGUCGAUCCCUAUUUCCACUCCUAUUUGACCUCAUACGGCACUCCGCAGUUAAGGGAGCAAUAUGGUGUUCAUCUAAUUGUUCCCGAAAAUACCGACAGUGAUGAGGUGAUCCUCGUUUACGAGGGACAACAGUCACCUGAGGCACAGUUCGAGGUCCCCAGACAACGUCCUUCGAAUGAGGAUAUCGCAGCAUUCGAGCAAGCUCUGCAAUCUGCUCAGGAAUACUUGAUCAACACAUUGGGCGAUCAAUCAAACAUCGUCCAGAAGUCGGUCUCUAUACCUGCGAAAUAUGCCGACAAAGUGCGCAAAUACAUUGCUCGGGAGGAACAACUUGACGGGGACCACAUUCCAGUCCGAGCGGUUGUUCAGAAGUCAAACACUGCAGGCGAAAGCGAAGUUGAUCUACGUGGUCGCCCCACUGAUGUCGACGACCUCUCUUCAAAGGUCCUUGCAUUCAUUGAACAACAAAAGAAAGAUGAUCUUGAGCGUGAUUACACUGUCAGCUUCGACUUUCCCCAGAAAUAUGCCAACUUCCUUAUCGGCAAGCGUGGCGAGAAUAUCAACAAGCUACGCGAUGAAUUCGACGUUGACAUCAAAGUCGACAAUGGCAAGGUUGAAGUCAAAGGCCCCAAGGCCAAGGCGGACGCGGCCAAGCUCAGAAUUGUUGCUCUCGGCAGGAAAUUGGAAGAUGAAACAACUCACAUUUUAAAGAUCCCUGCCAAGUACCAUCGUGAUUUGAUUGGCCAAAAGGGUAGCCAGGUCAACAGACUGCAGGACAGAUACAACGUGCGCGUGCAAUUCCCUCGCGCUGCAGCUUCUCCUGCAACCGACGACCAGUCUGUCGCUGAUACUGCGAGUGAAGUUGGCGGUGGUCGAUUCGGACGCAACAACCAGGCUCCUGACGAAGUGCAUGUCAAGGGUCCCAGCAAAGGUGCUGAUUCUGCUAGAGACGAAAUUUUGAGCUUGCUCCAGUGGGUGGUUGACCACUCCAACUCUGCUGUUGUCUCUGUUGCCCAAAGUCAGAUUCCUGCUUUGAUCGGACAGCGAGGUCGCGAAAUGGACAAGCUACGCGCCGAAACUGGUGCUCAGAUUGAUGUUCCAAGCGCUCAAGAUGCACCAGAUGCAUCUGGCCGUGUUGAGAUCAAAAUCAAGGGUACCAAGAAGCAAGUAGAAGAAGCCAAGAAGAUCCUUGAGCAAAGGGCCAAGGAAUUCGACUCCAUCGUUACCAAGUCCAUUGAGGUUGAUAAGAAGCACCACAAGGCUCUUAUUGGAGGCGGCGGUGCCAACAUUCGCCGCAUCAUUGUUGAGGCUGGUGGACCUGACGACAGCAGCGCUUCUCGUAUUGUCAAGUUCCCUCGUGCUGAGAGCGACGAGAAGGUCAUCAAACUUGAGGGUAACGGUGCAGUUGUGGAGAAAAUUGCAGCGGCUAUCGACGCUUUUGUCAAAGAGCGAGAGGACCAAGUCACAACCACAUUGGAUGUACCUCAAGCGCAACACCGUUUGCUCAUUGGACGUGGUGGCGAUAUUAGACGUAAUCUGGAGAGCAAGUUCAACAUUUCAAUAGAUAUUCCAAGACAAGGAUCAGGACGGACCGACGUGAAGAUCAAGGGAUCAAGCACUGCUGUUGAGGAGGCAAAGGCUCACAUUGAAGAGCUUCUCAAGGGACAGCAGGGCGAGACCGUCCAAGUUCCUCAGCAUCUGCACCAUGCUAUUUCGGACAAUGGCUCUUUCUUCCGCCGUCUGCGAAAUGACUACCAGGUCACGGUUGACCACGCCGGCCAGCAGCCACCUGCUAAGCCAACUGCAGUCGAGACCCGCGAGGGCGCCACCAAUGGAACAUCUCUUCCUUUGAUCACGGACGAGCAGGAUGCCGCUGUUGACACGCAUUCAUGGAAGAUUGUUGAGAAUACACCAGCUGGAGAAGAAACCUCUGCUACCAUUCCUUGGGUCCUGUCAGGUUCGACAGAUAACGUGGCCAAGGCGAAGGCGGCUUUGGACAAGGCUUUGGCAUCUGCCACCCAGCAAGGCGCCACUGGAUAUUUGAUCCUUCCCGACCCCAAGACAUAUCGAUUCGUCGUUGGCCAAGGCGGGAGUCAGAUCAACACUAUCCGCAAGAAGACUGGAUGCCGUAUCCAAGUGCCCAAGGGUCAAGCCAAGGGCGAAGCCAUUGAAAUCAAGGGCACAAAGGAGGGCCUCGAGCAAGCCAAGGAUUUGAUCUUGGAAGCUGCAUAUGUAUCACCGGGCGUAUCCCUGGUAGCCGGUGGCAUCGCCGGAGGCGUCGAAGCCAUGUGCACAUAUCCAUUCGAAUUUGCCAAAACCAGAAUGCAACUGCGUGACUCUCCUUCUGUGGCAUUAUCAACCGGAACGACAGGAGCAGCAAAAAUAUCGAGAAACCCUCUCGUCCUGAUUCGCGACAUUGUCAGAACAGAAGGCCUCUCAGCACUAUACACGGGCUGCACAACCUUGGUCGUGGGCACAGCUUUCAAAGCAUCCGUACGCUUCCUGACGUUUGAUUCCAUCAAGAACGCGCUUGCGGAUGAGAAGGGGCAUCUCUCGAAGUCCUCGGGGAUAUUGGCCGGUAUGAUGGCGGGUUGUGUUGAGAGUGUUGUUGCCGUUACGCCUACGGAGAGGAUAAAGACUGCUUUGAUUGACGACGCAAAAGGUCUUAAACGCUUCCGCAGCACAACGCACGGCAUCACCCUACUCAUCCGCGAGCAGGGCUUGCGAAGUAUCUACCAGGGUCUCAUCCCAACCACAAUGAAACAAUCCGCCACAUCAGCUGUACGCAUGGGAUCGUACAACAUUCUCAAGGAAAGUGCAAAGCAUUACCACAUCCCUCUGAACGGAGUAACUACGUUCGGAAUUGGUUCCGUUGCGGGGAUUAUUACGGUGUAUGCGACGCAGCCGUUUGAUACGAUUAAGACGAGGGUGCAAGGGACGCAAAGAGCGACGAUUAAGGAGGCUGUAGGGGAUGUGCUGAAAGAGGCUGGCGUGAAAGGGUUUUGGAAGGGGAGUACGAUGAGAUUGGGGAGGUUGUUUUUGAGUGGUGGAAUUGUGUUUUCGGUUUAUGAGCAGGUUGCUGCUGUUUUGUCGACAGGUGUAGUAUGA